AUGGUUGCAUUCUUCUCUCAUAGCAAACUGCCAUAUGUCUUGCCCUACAUAAUUGCUUCAAUGAUCCUUUCAGCAUAUACCGCACCUGUUAUGCAAAGUACCACAAAGCUCAUCAAAAGGGGUGACUUCUUUCUUCCUCCUCCUAAUUACGCCUCAAAUGGUAAUUAUAACACUCCAAAGUAUCGCUCUGACACUCCUGGCCACACACAUAGAUCAGCAGCACAAUCCAACCAGCAUCAUUCAGAAAGAAGUUCACAAAAGGCACAUUCAUCAGCCCAACCUGCCAAAAGUCGAUGGACAGGAUUAGAAGAAAUGAAUAAAACUUCUUUAAAGAGAACUGGAUCACAAGAAAACGUGUGGUGGCAAGGAAGUAGUCAUGGAAAUGAAGGGGGCCAUAAACGUAAAAAGAACGAGUAUAAUUUCCGUAGUGCAAAAUGA